CAGGUAAUACUGUGUCCCUUUGCUGCACAUUUUUUCAGCUGGACCAGCUGGUACCCUUCACCAUGGGGCUGCACGUGCUUGUGGCCCAGAACUCACAGAAGUUGAUCUAGAAGAUACAGUGGUAACUGAAGGAGCUGCAGGACCAGGUCCUACCCCAUGUAGGAGCUGGUGACCUUCAGAAUGUAAUGACCGUUGCUCCACUUCUGCCUUCCAAACUGCACAAAUUUCUCUUAUAGCUAACCCUAACCCAAAACUAUGCAGGGAAAGGAAUCUGGGAAAUGUGGUUCUAGCCUAGCUAAAUUGACAUGGUAAAAAAGCACCACUGGGCUUUGCAGACACCGCUGCCGCCAGGAGCCCUGUACUAUAGCCAUGGUCAACCCCACCGUGUUCUUUGACACUGAACCCUUGGGCCGCAUCUCCUUUGAGCUGUUUGCAGACAAGUUUCCAAAGACAGCAGGAAACUUUCAUGCUCUGAGCACUGGAGAGAAAGGAUUUGGCUAUAAGGGUUCCUGCUUUCACAGAAUUGUUCCAGGGUUUAUGUGUCAGGGUGGAGACUUCACAUGCCAUGAUGGCACUGGUGGCAAGUCCAUCUACAGGGAGAAAUUUGAUGACAAGAACUUCAUCCUGAAGCAUACAGGUCCUGGCAUCUUGUCCAUGGCAAACGCUGGACCCAAUGCAAACAGUUCCCAGUUUUUCAUCUGCACUGCCAAGACUGAGAGGUUGGAUGGAAAGCAUGUGGUCUUCGGCGAGGUGAAAGAAGGCAUGAAUAUUGUGGAGACCAUGGAGUGCUUUGGGUCCAGGAAUGGCAAGACCAGCAAGAAGAUCACCAUUGCUGACUGUGGACAACUCUAAUAAGUUUGACUUGUGUUUUAUGUUAACCACCAGACCAUUCCUUCUGUAGCUCAGGAGAGCACCCUUCACCCCAUUUGCUCGCAGUAUCCUAGAAACUUUGUGCUCUUGCUGCAGUUCCCUUUGGGUUCUAUGUUUUCCUUGUUCCCUUCCAUGCCUAGCUAGAUUGUAGAGUUAAGUUUAUGAUUAUGAAAUAAAAACUAAUUAACAACAGCAACAAAAA